AUGGCUACUCGCAGAGGCUCGCGAACCAUCGGCAUUUACGGCGGCCUAGCCGCAGCUGGCGGUAUCGGAUACUACCUUUACCAGGCCGGCGGCAGCCCCAAGCUGGCUGAGAAGGAGUUUGAGCACGACGCCUCGCGCCUGUCGUCGAAGAUCAAGGGCGAGCUCCCUGGCCGGGAAAAGGAAGCCAAGACUAGUGCAAAGGUGCUGGGGGAGGAGGCGGGCCAGACGGUUGAUAAGACGAUCGCCGAAGCGAAGGCUACGACGAGCAAGAUCGACGAGAAGCUGGAGGCCUACCGUGCUCAAGCUGACAAGAAGAUUGGAGACGUCUCCACGCAGACGGCCAAGGACCUACACUCGGCCGUGGACAGGUUCGACAAGACUGUCGAGGACAAGGCAGCCCAGUCGAAGAGUUGGCUGUCUGGGUGGUUCAAAUGA